UAUCUCAGUAACAAAGAUCCUGAAAAACUCAAAGAAGUCUUUGUGGAAAACUUACAAAUUGUUAAAGAUAAUUUAAAAAAACAUUUCAUCAACCGUCAAUCAGCACAUUAAUAACCUACUGAGACCCUUCAAGUCUGCUUCACGCAAAGCCGCUUCAACUACUAACUCUGCUUCAAGCAUGACUAGCUCUUCUUCUGUUAACAAUAUCAUGGUGAAGGGAAAUUACUACAGCUCUGGUAGAGAUACGACCAUAAAUAAGACAGUCGAGAGAGCUAUCAAGAAACAAAAGACAAAUCAUGAGGACAAGAAAGAGAUUGAAGAGGUCGACUUCAAACAGAAAUGGGUUGAGUUCUUGACUGAUGCUGAACAAAACAAAAAAAUCUGUUCAUAAUCUUGACUGUAGCCUAGAGAAGAACAGUGUAACCCGUUUGGGUGCAAAACUCUCACCCCACCCGAACGCAGACAAAGACACAUAUCAUUAUUUGAAGAAGCAACUAAAGCCAUGUGAAGCAAAUGACAUUUGGAUAGAAGCAAAGGAUUACAUCGAUG